AUGAGCAGGGAGCUUCAAGAGCUCCGUAAUCAACGAGAGGAGGACCAUCCAUCCUCAAGAACAGAGUCGACUGCUGAUUCCGGUCCUUCCACCAUCGAGGAUGACGGGCAGGACGAUUUCUCACUGAGUGCACCCGCAGUGAGCCUGAAUGGCGUGCUGGUGGAUUCUUCAGUAGCCGCUGAAGCAUUAAGAACGUUUGCUCAAGUGUUUCGUCCACAACUUCCAGUCAUUGGGUCACUCUCGGCCGACGACACGUAUCAGUCUCAACCAUUUCUCUUCUGGACGAUAGUCAUCAUCAUUGCGUGCCACUUACCCGGUCAACAAUACGCCGAUAUGCUCCAAUUACUUCAGACGCCGUACAUCACCAUGCUUCAUCAGGAAAUCCUUGAUGCUCCUCUCCCUCUUCACAAGAUACAGGCUUUAUUAUUACUAUGUCAUUGGCCGUUACCAUGCGAAACGCAGACAAGAGAUCCCAGUUGGCUAUACUGCGGAGUUCUCAUCCAGGCAGCUCGGUUCAUGAGUCUUGAUCGUCAGCAGACGGUUCCGUCUCUUCGAAGCCUUGGUGUUGCUUCCGGUAGCAUCAGAGCGAGGAUCAACACCUGGCUAGGGUGCUUUUGCGUAUCUACAUCGUUGAGCUUACACUUGGGACUGCCUCCUCCAAUCGAUUCCGAUCUCGACUUUGGUAGCAUCCACUCUUUCCUCAGACGACAGACGGCACCACCUACCUUUGCCAUGCAAGUUCGCGUCCAACUCAUCGUGGCAAAGUUUACAUCUCUACUGAAUCACGACAUGGGUGAAGGCGCAAGCUCCUCUUUUAUCAGACUUCUAGAUACCGAGCUCGAUGCCUUGAGAGCCGAAGUAUCUCUUGAAGAUGAACAAAUGAGGGCUGUCGAGCUCGGCAUUCUGGGCGCCAAGAUGCACCUAUACGCCUUGGUCAUCACGAAAGACGCAAACAACUCGUCGUCGCGGCAAAUCAUGCUGAGAACUGCGCGUGAUGUGGCUCUAAGAAUCAUUCACAUAUCAACUUUGGCCAUGCGGAAUGCCCCGCCUGACGGGAAUGAUCAAGAACUAAUUCGAAAACAACGGUGCCUACCUAAGAAUCACUACAGAUGUCUUGCUUUUGCAACGAUAUUCCUGUUGAAAUUCUUCCAUCGCCGCGGAUCCGAUGUCCCAGAAGAAAGGCAAGCUGUUGCAAAUCACAUCUCAAUGGCUCAAAAUCUCUUCAAAGCCUGCGCCACCCAGCCACGGGACGAAUACAACCGAACAGCAAGGGUGUUUGAGGUCCUUGGACGGGAAAGCCCAAAAUCAAUUGAACCAGAUGCACUACGCCUUACUCACAGAAUGGGCGUGUCGAUAGUGUUUGAUGCUGUGAGCAACGCUUCUGAGGCUCGGGGGAAGCCCGUGGAGCUCCGUGAGAACGAGACAAUCCAGGAUGAAGGGGCACCAGAAGAACCAAGGACCCAUGAACGGUUAUUAAACCAACCGUUGGUUGAAAUGGAGCAACCUGAUACGAGCUCGGAGUUUCUUAGGGGCUUUUGGAAUGAUCCAUACAUGAGUUUACUGUCCUUUGAUCCAACUCCACUUGAAACAGAGUAUCAAGAGUCUUGGCCAUCAUGCUGA